CGUGGAAGGAGCCUGCUAUCUCUGAUUUUUUUUUAAAGGAAAAAAAAAAAAAGGCCCCCCGUCACCCCUCUGCCGCUGUGCCGAUAGCUGGGGGAAUGAUGGAGGGGUGGCUCGAAGACGGGGCGUGGCCUGUGGAAGGUACAUGCCUCUUCAAGCCGACAAGUACCUUGCUCCAGGCGUUGAUGGAAGGUUGCGCGAGCCUCCCCGCUCCACUCCCCCAUCCUCCUUUCACGCUCGCAGACCCCAGAGAGUUCUCCCUGAAUCACCGCUACCACGCGCCCCUACAGCGCUUCCCCAGGUGUCUCGCACCCACUGGGUCAACCAUGCGCAGUGCCCCAGAAGCAUGUGCGUGCUCUCCCUGUCCUCUCUGGUCACAGUGGAGAGGCCCCAUGGGACCUAGCCCAUCCAGUGCUGGUGUACCGAACAGCCCGAAGCUGGGGCAGCCCAAGUUUUUUUUUUCUCUUAAAACCCAUUCUUUUCCCCCGUUCCCUCCACAUACGAAAAGGCUCUCCCGUUUUUUUCCUACUCCCCAACAUCUCCUCGUCCACACUCUUUUCCCACAAGCAACUACAGAAACCUCGACUCGUUUUUGUAUUCUCGACCUGUCCACCACACUCGAGAUACUCGACUACUAGAUUUGCUGGAUAUCCUCUCCUCUACUGGACUCCUCGUCAACCACGUCCGCCGGCAGCUAUCACAUGCAAUAGUGCUGCAGCAACAAGACGUCAUCCCACUCAUUGCACAAAUCUUGGACAUCGACUCUACAGCCAUGUCGUCUGCGUCCGUAACAGUUAUCAAGCCCAACGGGCCACUGCCUGGUGCCCAAGCCGAAGGCAACUCUAACGAGCUCCCUCGUCCUUACAAGUGCCCUCUGUGUGACAAGGCCUUCCACCGCCUCGAACACCAGACUCGACAUAUCCGAACUCACACCGGAGAGAAGCCCCAUGCCUGCCAGUUUCCUGGCUGCAGCAAGAAGUUCUCCCGAUCUGACGAGCUUACUCGCCACUCGAGAAUCCAUAACAACCCCAACUCGAGAAGAGGCAACAAGGGCCAGCAGCACCAGUCUCACAACCUUCACCAGGGUCUGCCCCCUCACAUGCACUCUGAGGGCCUGAUGCCUCCUCCCCCUCCCAAGGCUAUUCGUUCUGCUCCUACCUCGACUCUCGGAUCUCCUAACGUGUCCCCCCCUCACUCGUAUGCUUCCUUUGCUACGCCGCACUCGUCUGUCCACCACUACAACCGCUCUGGUGACAUUUCGAUGCUGGCAAAGGCCGCCACUCAAGUCGAGAGAGAGAACCACCACAGACACCACCCUUACUAUAGCUCUGGACUUCCCGCCCCUCGUGGUAACCCUGCUGGACUCUCUUCUUACCACAUGGCGAGAUCACACUCUGGUGAAGACCACGAUGACCACUACCACGGAGCCCUUCGCCACAUCAAGAGAUCGCGUCCAAACUCUCCCAACUCGACCGCUCCCUCUUCACCCACGUUCUCGCACGAUUCUCUUUCUCCUACGCCUGACCAUACACCUAUUGCAACCCCGGCGCACUCUCCUCGUCUUCGCCCCUUCUCCGGCUACGAGCUACCUAGCUUGCGUAAUCUGUCUCUGCACCACAACACCACGCCUGCGCUCGCUCCUAUGGAGCCUCACCUGGAGACCCCAAUGUUCCCUCCCACACUGCACCCUACUGCUCCCCGCAGCAAUGGCAUCUCGCUGACUGACAUUAUCAGCCGCCCUGACGGCAACCAGCGCAAACUCCCGGUCCCACAGCCUCCCAAGGUUGCAGGACAGGAAAUGGCCACUGAGGGUGCCUACCACGGAAACAGCGGCCGAAGCUCCAUGAACAGCAGCCUCAACGGCGUGGAUAUGAUGGACCGUUCUUAGACGGGACCACCCUACUCAACUAUUUCUACAUGACAUUACGAAACCAAGCUUAGACGGAUAGACAGAGAUUUGGCGUUUUGGUUCUUUUUAAUACAAAAAAGGGGAAGUCCAGAGUUGGAGGGAUAUGGAGCACCGACUUUGCUCAGGACUGGUGCUUGAGCAAUACGGGCUUCAUCUGGCAGCAACGGAUUGCUUUUUCAAGGAAAAUAUUAUGGCGAACAAAGGCAUUGCAUACGGGGAUUUCCACAUAGAUUAUACGCAUUUCGCCAUGAGCGGAUGAGACAAUUGUUCAUGUUCUUAUUACUUCUUACCACGCUUGCAUCGCUUUUCACUUUAUUGUUCUAGGGAAGGAAGUUAAUUUUAGCUGUAUGUAAUACAGAAACCCUGGGGAAAACCAGCUCAACUCAAUACUCAAUACAAUUUUAAUCCACUAUUCACACAACAUGCAGGCCAGCGUUUCAUUCUCAGCCAACGCCGCCUGACGCCAUCUGCAAUGUGACAGAAUGACUUGAAAAAGAAGUACGACUAGCUAGCUGACCAAGACAGAUACAGGCGCACCUCCUACUAGAGUACGACUAUACUUGGGUGCUAAGGCCUCUGCACGACGUGUUUACCCGUGGGGUACAUGGAGGCUGGUGCGGCACUGACGCCGCCGUUGGGGAGCUCAGCCAGCCCAGAGUCAGAAGAGUCUGGGGCAGGGGCGGUAUUGUGGAGGUGGUGCUGGGCAUGACGCCAGCGUGCCAGCAUUUAGGCGUGAUUGAGGAGAAUUGGCCACGGCGCCUCACGGACGCCCGCCAGUUGAGCCGAGAGCAGGCGAGCAACGGCAAUGACGGCUGUUGAAGCGAACCGGGCGAGCUCCGAGGGACCGUCUGCGAGCCACACCGGGUAUUGCGCGAGCAGGCUAGACAGGGCUGUGUUCUGCUAGCGAGGUCCUUUGAUGGCUGCGCUUGUGCUCUAUUACGUACAUUCCCAGCACUGGGACGAAAACAAAAAGACAUUCAAGCCAUUUCGAGCCGGUGUUGGCUACAGCGGCUUGGCUACGACGGGUUGGCUACUUGCGGCUACUCAACAUGGGGCUGAGUCAAUGGAGGUUUAUCAUGCUAGAGGCUAG